AUGAAGUUUGAGGAAGAGAUUAAGAAGAUUGAUGACAUGGUGGGUGAUGAUGUUUAUGAUGGAAUAGUGGAGGCAAGAAGAAGGGCGCUUGUGGUUUGCUGUGAGAAAUGGUAUGUAAGGAAGGAACUACAUUGGAAGCAGAUGUCGCUCUCUAGACAUGCAAUGGACAUUGAUAAGAACACAAGAUACUUCCACAACUUAGCUUCUGCGAGAAGGAGAAACAAUAGGAUUGAUGCGCUACUCAUUAAUGGAAGAUCGAUAAGAAAUCAAGCUAGAAUUAAAAUUGCGACUUGGGACUUUUAUAAGAACUUGUAUCGUCAGGAGGAGUCUCCUUUGGUGGGGUUCAGGGACGGUCUAGUGGAAAUGAUUGGUGAAGAGGAUGCUUCGGCUUUGGAGGUGCAACCAACUCUUGAAGAGUUACUGGCGGAUGUUAAUCUCACUUGGGUGGCGCUGGCCCUUAAAUUUACUGGUGCAAAGGAAAUAAAAGAUCUAAGGCCGAUCAACAUGGUAAAUUGUGUGUAUAAAGUCGUUUCGAAAAUGCUGGUUAGGAGGAUGCAAGCAAUAAUGCCAUCGCUAGUAGGUGAGACACAGAGUGCUUUUGUCAAGGGGCGAAAGAUUCAUGACGGGGCUCUUAUCGCAUGCGAAACUAUUCAAUGGAUUAAAUUGAGGAAGAAGGAAGCGGUGAUAAUAAAGCUAGCUUCCAGAAAGCAUAUAACAGAGUCAAGUGGAGCAUUGUGCACCUUGUGUUGCAAAAGAUGGGUUUUGGACGAAGAUGGAGGAGUUGGGUUAUGUAGUGUGUAA